GUCUUGAAAAAUUAAUUAUUUCUUCACUGUCUCUUAUUAUUGCACCAUUUCUUUUACUUCAUUUGAUAGGUCAUUAGCCCUGAAAAGAAUGACUCCAACUUGAACAGUGAAGAAGUGAAGACAGAACUAGAUGAAGAAAUGGAGAAUGACGUUUGUAAAAUGUGGGACAUGUCAAUGGACGAGGAUGUUGCAUUAUUUCUCCAAGAAUUUAAUGCCCCUGAUAUAUUUAUGGGAGUGUUUGCCAAAUCUAAGUGUCCUCGACUUAUUGAAAUCUGUGUAGGAAUAUUGGGUAAUAUGGCCUGUUUCCAAGACAUAUGCAUGUCUAUUAGUAAAGAUGAGAAUCUUGGACAGAUGUUGUUGCAACAUUUAUGUGAUUCAGACUCUCCUAUUCUGCUGGAAACAAGCAGGUUGUUGUUAACUUGCCUCUCUCAAGCAGAGGUGGCCAAUAUCUGGGUUGAAAGAAUCAAAGAAAACCCAUCUGUGUACGACUGUGUGUGUUUUAUUAUGUCAAGCUCUACAAAUGUUGAAUUGCUGAUUAAAGUGGGUGAGGUAGUGGACAAGCUUUUUGAUUUGGAUGAAGAACUAAUGUUAAAUUGGAUUAAAAAUGGCUCUUCUCAAUCAGUGGGACAGUUUACGGAUGAUUCUCCAGAAGAACGUCCAGAUUUUAAGAUUGUACCUUGUGUACUUGAAGCAGCAAAACAAGUCCGCUCAGAUAAUCCAGAAGGGCUUGAUGUUUAUAUGCAUGUCUUGCAACUCCUGACCACAGUGGAUGAGGGCAUUCAGGCAAUUGUGCAGUCUCCUGAUGGAGGAAAAGAGACUUGGACUUUACUUUAUGAUCUGGUCUGCCAUGAACUGUGCCAGCCAGAUGAUCCACCAAUCAUUAUUCAAGAGCAGAAGAGCGUAUUGGCAUCUAUCUUGUCUGUACUGUCUGCCAUGUUUGCUUCACAGAUACAACAAGAAUAUGUCAAGAUGAGAAAAAAUACGCCUCUAAUUGGUAGCCUGAUUCGAAUCUUACAAAACAUGGAGGAUUGUGGGAAGAGAUCUUUUGAUAACUCAAAGAAAUCUGAACCAGAGGAGACUGAGAAGUCGGGAGCAGUUGAGGAAGACUUCCAUUUGAAAAUCUUGAAGGAUAUCUGUUGUGAAUUGCUUUCCAAUUUGCUUCAAGAAUUGACUAAGGAAAACAUAUUAGAGGGAUUGAACCAGGGACAUCUAAGUGAACAGAAAUGUUCCUGUGCCUUUCAGAAUCUUUUACCCCUGUAUUUUACUUCAGUGGAGAGUUUCCUUGAAGCACUGCGUGAGGCUGAUCAGAUACUUGCUGGCAGUCUAGAAAAACACUUCCCAAGCCUGAGGCUCCAGGCAUAAGAAAGUACAUGAAAUAUUUUCUUCCUAUGGAAUGAGGAUGUGGACUGUUUCUUUACAGUAUUUUAGAAAUCAGCAUAUCACUAAACUCAGAAGAAUAAGUUUAACUCCCUUACCUCCAGAUCGUAUUUGAGAAAUUUCACAGAUAUCCCUGGGUAAUCUUGGAUUAACCUGAUCUGGAAUGGGGAAGGAAAUAAACUCACUUGGAGUCAGUUCUUCAUCCUAUGGUCUUGUCAGCUUUUGUGAACCGAGGCUUUUGAUUUCUAGCUGCUUGUUUAGUACACAAAGCAGAAGUACAUAUACUUUUGUAUUUUAAUAACCCAUGAGUUUGUGCUUGUCAUCUGUUGGAACAGUGAAAUGUACUGAAUCUUUUAAAAUGCUACUGACCUCUCUUAAGUUGCUGUUGGUAAGAGGAUUUUCAAUAAGACAUCUUAAAUAUCUUCAAGCAAAGCAAUUAUUUUUUCCGUCACCUCAGAAAAGCAGCUAAAUCACACUGAUAAAAUGGCUUGCUUUGUUUUGGAAGAUGUUAGUGACGUGCAAAUAUUCUAGCAGAAAUGUUGCGGCCUAUUCUGCUACGAUGUCUGUACAUCUAAUUUCUAAGCUCCUUUCUUUAUGGGGCAAUCUAGGGAUUCUGGCUCCAAAGCCAUUUUAAAUGGGUUGCAUUCAGGGUACUCUGCAACUUCUGCAUGUUGUCACAUCGUCUGACUCAGAGUUAUAGAGUAGAUCUGGAUUUAAUCUCUUGCCUAUAAGCAAAACCCUGCUUUUUAGAAAUGAUCUUUAUGCUUCAGUUCAGAAAAAUAGUGUGUAUCAAACAGUUCUUGUUCUUUAUUGAUGGAUGUUAUUACGUUGAAUUGUUUUGAAUGAAAUUAGAAAUGGCUUUUUAGGCUGGGAUUUUCGAAGAAGCUUAAGGGAGUCCGAUAUCCCAACUCUCAUUGAAUUUCAGUUGUCUCAAACUCUUCUCAAAAUCUCUCACUCUUCAUAUUUUUUAAUGGCAGUACGAUUUUACGUGUUUUAGCUAGGUGCAGCUCAUCUUCUGUACUGCAUUUGAACAUCAAGGAUAUUGCAACAAUAUGUUGGCUCAUACUAUUUUUAUGAACUGGAACUGGCAACAAGUACACAAAAUUGAUUUGAGAUAUAAAGGAGGAUGAAGUAAGUUCAUGGAUAACAACUCAUUAGCAUACAUACAUUCUGCAGCUAUAAAGAUUUCUUUUGGCUUCUACUUUGCCAUGAACGGUGGAGCAGACAAACUUGCUGGAACCCUGGGCAGUGGGUGGAGCCUCAGGUAGAAGGGGCGGGGCUGAGACUAAACUCUCAAAGCAGCCUCAAUGCCACUUGAAGCAUACUGCGUGGGGGAGCACCAGGUCUUUUUGAAUCGCUGAGCCUCGGAGCAGUUGCACCCUUUGCUCCUCCCUGUCAGCGGGCCUGGCCAUGAAUUACUUCUAGAUAUGGUAAUUAUUAAAGAUACAGUAUAUGUGCGCAUGCUCAGUCUUUUCAUCCCAAUUUCUAGUUUUCAGAGGUGGUAUUAAUUCCAUCUUCCCAUCAGGUUAUUGACAGCAUUGCUGUUGUUGGCAACAGGACUUAAAGCCUGAAAAAGCUGAUUGAAGUCACCACAAAAAUUGCAGUGAUUUCCUGGCAUUUUUAUAUGUUGUUGGAAGCAGUUGGUAACCGUGUAUGCCUACCGGGUUUUCAUACUACUUUGGCAAUUUUGAGUGUUUUAUUAAAACUACAGGUUUGUAAUAAAGUUAUUUCUUAAAAACA